CAAACAUGGCUGUCAAAGGAAGCACGAACGUGUAUAGCAUGAAAUAAAUCUCCUAUUUCAUGACUUUAUACAUUUGAUUUGUUCAGUAGAUGGGUUAAAACAACAAUGAAUAAGCUAAUUUUACUAACCGGUCUAUUUGCCAUCGCCAAUGUUUACUGUGAUCCACAAUCUUCACAGUCAAAAGAAAAUGCUGGCCUUACAGUGCAUGAUCAGAUAGUUUUUGUUUCAACCAUCAGUGGGAAGUUAUAUGCAGUCAGCAAGCAAAGUGGGACAAUUUUAUGGAGUUUAAAUGAAGAGCCUGUUAUAAAAGUUCCAACAGAAGUGACAUCCGGGUACAGUUUUCUGCCAGACCCAAAGGACGGCAGCCUGUACGCUCUCAGUGAUGGUAGAGAUGGUAUCAAGAAACUACCAUUCACGAUUCCUGAGUUGGUUACUGCGUCACCGUGUAAGAGCACGGAGGGCAUUCUCUAUACAGGUCAUAAGCGGGAUAUUUGGCUGGCCAUAGACCCACACACUGGAGCUAAGCUACAGACACUAAGUUUGGAUGGCAGUCAAAACAUGUGUCCAUCCACCACUGAUAAUACCCUCUUCAUUGGCAGAACUGAGUAUACUAUAGUAAUGUUUGACAGCAAAACUGGAACAAAAAGGUGGAAUGCAACCUACACAGACUACUCGUCCCACGUAGCACCCGAUAUACAGGACUACAAUCUGAGGCACUGUACAGCCAGCUCCAACGGCCUUACCGUCACACUUGAUAGUAUAACUGGGGACCUAAUGUGGCAUGCGCAGUUUGACUCGCCAGUAGUUGCCAUGUAUACGAUGCAUGCUGAUGGCCUGCAGAAGGUUCCAUUUACAUCGUUCGCCCCUGAGACCUUGGAUCACCUCACUGGGCAGCUGUCAUCAACAUUGUGGCGCAACAGGUUUUUAGAACAUGGGAAGAAGAAAAUUUUCUAUCCCACCCUGUACGUUGGCGAAUAUGAGCACGGGAGUUUCGCCACUGGCUCAUAUGUGGAUGAAAACACAGUCACUAUUGCGCCAAAGAACUUCAAGCCACGCCAGAUAGAAGGCCCAAGGACAGGCUCGGGUAAACUAGAGGAGAGUCCGGAUUCUCAUACACACAAGGAGAAGAUGACAGCCCACACUGUACGCAGGGGCAAAGCUGUACUCAUGUUAGGGUACCAUGAAGUUCCUGAAGAGGACAGUAACAAAAUCUCCCCAGCAUUCCAAGUAACAGAUCGGUCUGAAACCAGCAAAGUCAUCCUACCCCACAAUCCCUCUCACAGACCAAAUCUUCCUCCACCAUCUGUUGAGAGUAUUCGAAGGGAGACAAAUGUGACCAAAACUGAAGAGGGGUUUAUAACACAAGCGAUUGAGUACUUGAAUCUUGAUUUCAAGUUUCUUACUACCUUUAUUCUACUGCUUGUCACCAUUGGAGCUCUGGUUUUGUAUUAUCCGAAGCGGACUGAAGAGUCUAUCAAGAUAAUGUUUGAGCGGGAAUUCGAGGAACGUAAACUUAAGGAACAGCAACAAAAGUCCGCCCAAUCCUCACUGAACAAGAGGGAUACAUCCUCGUCUGAACUCACGCAGUAUGAUGCCUUACCGGAUGGUUAUGUCCAAGUUGGGAAGGUUGUCUACAAUCCCAAGGAGGUGCUAGGUCAUGGCUGUGAGGGAACAUUUGUCUACAAGGGGAUUUUUGACCAUCGGAAAGUUGCUGUAAAACGCCUGUUACCAGAGUGUUUUAGUUUUGCUGACAGGGAGGUAGAAUUACUCAGGGAGUCGGACCAACAUUCAAAUGUCAUCAGAUACUUCUGCAUGGAGGCGGACAGCCAGUUCCGCUACAUUGCUCUCGAACUGUGUCUUGGGACACUAACCACAUAUGUUGAGGGCAAGACGAAAUUUGACAUUGACCCCAUCACAUUGCUGUAUCAGUCCAUGUCAGGCAUAGCACAUUUACACUCACUGGAUAUUGUGCACAGAGACAUCAAGCCCCACAAUGUUUUGAUAUCCCAGCCAGACUCUAGUGGUAAGGUUCGCGCCAUGAUCUCAGACUUUGGACUGUGCAAGAAGCUUGCAAUAGGGCGAAUUUCAUUCUCCCGUCGAUCUGGGGCGGCAGGCACGGAGGGAUGGAUUGCUCCAGAGAUGCUGGAUGAGGAUAAACGAACUACAUGCGCAGUGGACAUUUUCUCAGCUGGCUGCGUGAUGUUUUAUGUUUUAACCAAAGGCAAACACCCUUUUGGACAUUCUUUACGACGUCAAGCCAACAUCCUAACAGGGGACUUCAACAUCGACAGUCUACCUAUGACAGAUUUCUGUGUGAGAAAAAAGCUUAUUGAAGAUAUGAUCGACUUUGACCCAGAUUCAAGACCCACAGCCAAAGCUGUUUUAAAGCACCCUUUCUUCUGGAGCAGGGAGAAACAACUUGGCUUCUUUCAGAAUGUGAGCGAUCGUAUAGAAAAAGACUCGGAGGAGAGUAUGGUUGUCAAGCAACUAGAAUGGGGCGGGGAUAGAGUUGUGAAGGGAGAUUGGAGGAAAAAUAUCACCAUGGAACUACAGAAUGACCUGCGGAAGUUCAGGACUUACAAGGGCCAGAGUGUGAGGGAUCUAUUGCGAGCCAUGAGAAACAAAAAACAUCACUACAGAGAAUUACCAGACGAGGUCAAGAACUCUCUUGGAACAGUGCCAGACCAGUUUGUCAUGUAUUUUACGUCACGAUUUCCCCGCCUUCUCAUUCACACAUACCAGGCAUUAGAAUGUUGUGCUCAUGAACGUGUCUUUCAGCAGUACUAUGAUGAAAGUAAACACUCCCUGUUAUGCGAUCAUUCUAUUAAAGAUGUGAGAUGAUUUUUUAAGGUGUCAGAGUGAAUAAUUUGUGUUUGUGGGUAUUUGAUAUAAGAUUGAGUUUUUAAUCAAGUGUUAAGAAUGUGGUAGAUUAAGUCAAGAAGAAUAAGUGACAGUGUUUUAAGAAUGUGGUAGAUUAAGUCAAGAAGAAUAAGUGACAGUGUUUUAAGAAUGUGGUAGAUUAAGUCAAGAAGAAUAAGUGACAGUGUUUUAAGAAUGUGGUAGAUUAAGUCAAGAAGAAUAAGUGACAGUGUUUUAAGAAUGUGGUAAAUUAAGUCAAGAAGAAUAAGUGACAGUGUUUUAAGAAUGUGGUGGAUUAAGUCAAGAAGAAUAAGUGACAGUGUUUUAAGAUUGUGGUAGAUUAAGUCAAGAAGAAUAAGUGACAGUGUUUUAAGAAUGUGGUAGAUUAAGUCAAGAAGAAUAAGUGACAGUGUUUUAAGAUUGUGGUAGAUUAAGUCAAGAAGAAUAAGUGACAGUGUUUUAAGAAUGUGGUAGAUUAAGUCAAGAAGAAUAAGUGACAGUGUUUUAAGAAUGUGGUAGAUUAUGUAAAAAAGAAUAAGUGAAAAAAUGUUUUAAAAUUGUGAUAGGUUUAGUCUAAAAGAAAUUUUCACGUGCAUUAAUUUGUUGAGUCAGCAAAUGGGGUAAAUGACAAGUUUGCCCGAUUCUGGGGACCAAUUGAUCAAUGUUUGCUGUUUGUUAAUAGAACAGGGGCAAUACUUCAUGGCAACAUUUUUCAUAGGCAAAUGGACAUUUCAUUUGUGGUUUUUAUGUGCUUGUAUGUGCAUUUAGAUCGAGAAAUAGAAGACUAUGAAAAGCUCAUCAUUGUUGGGCAAGUAAACAGGGAUUUUCAUUUGCCCAAGCAUAGAUUUUAAACCAUCAAAAUUACAGAAAAGAGUUUGAUAUCAUUUUUCACUGUAUUAAUGCUUACCUAAGCACUGUCAGAUGCAGUGUAUUUGAUAAAUCUGAAUCAUCAUCUUUUUUCAACAUCACUUGGAUAAUACAGGGAGAUUUAAUUUUAUUGAUGUAUAUUUAUAUUAUUUAAAUUCUUUGGUCUGACUUAAAGGGACUGUACCCCAGAUUGGCACCAAAAAAAGUUUUUUUCUGUAACGAAUCUUCGGACAAUUAUCUAAUAGAAUGUGUUACGCUUUGAUAUCAUAAUUGUAAAAAAAAAGUACUAAAAUGUAAAAAAAAAAUUGUGUCAGAGAACGGGUUCGAACCCGUGUCGCCAAAAUUGCAGUCCAGCGUCGUAUCCACUGAGCUACGACGGCUUACUCUAAUUGGGUGACAUAAUUAAGCUAUACACCUACCUCGGUAAUAUCACGUGAUAACACCGACUAGCCAAUCACGCAUAAGGAAUGAAUUCUACCUGGUAGACCUACCCAGUAAUCUUUUUUAAUGGAAAAAUACGAAAUAACUGCUAAACUUAAAUAAAUUGUAAACUAUGUGGUACUUCAGUUAGUAAGUUUCAAUGCAUUGUACACAUCGAUGCCAAGUUUGUCAGUUUUCGACAAUUUUCUCUUUUUCGCUAUUUUAUAAUACGGAGUACAGCCCCAUUAAUAUGUUGUUACAAAUCAGUACAAAACACGUGGAAUAAAAUGCAAAUAUCAAAUAGUGCAAAAUGCCAUCAUUUAUCACAGAGAAAAUACACUUGCCUGAACAUGAGUUUUACCAGUACUUGCCAUGUGUCACGGCAAAGCCAGUUACCUCGCAGACAGUAAAUACUAACUGAUUGAAGAAACAUAGUUUAAUAAAAAAAAAAUAAGCAGGACGUUAGGGUGUUUGUGAAUUGCAGAUGUGUACAAGCAAUUUUAAUUUUUUUUGUAGCAGAGAGCAUUACUGACAAAAACAGAUAUAUAUAUAUAUAUAUAUAUAUAGAUAGAUAUUCUUGUAACUAUAUGUGUAUCAGUUCUAGGUAGGGGAGAAAAUCUUGCAAACUGUAGAUAAAAGGGUGAGGUUUGGAUUGUAUACAUGUAUGUACAUAUUACUUGCUGGUGUUUGUACAUUGUACAUGUUACUUGCUGUAUCAUACUUAUGCACAAUUGUUUGCUAUACUGUUAAAACUGGCAACUCAGUUUGUUGGCCUUGGGAUAUUGAAUUUAAAAUACAAUCUAUAGUUCGUCAUUUAGUUGAUAAAAUGUACUGCAUUAUAACCUUUCUGUUUUUAAAGAAAAAAGUCAAAGAAUUGUCAUAGCUUUGGUGUUUCUGAAUUACUUGGCUUGAUCUCAAAACUUGUUCAAGACACUCACAUGAACUUCAGUAUUCAUGUUAGCAGCAGUAUGUGUUGUAGCAAGGCACAUAACCCAUGCCUCAAACAUUAAGUGUAAUAGCUCUGGAUCAAAUGUAAACAAGACGAACUAAUGCCAACACUUGUCUAAGGUUUCUUUCAGUCGAACAAGUCAUGGCCAAGGUUAAAGGUUUUUUGCAAGCUGAAGAGGAAACCGUUGCCGAUGACACACAAAGGCAAUCACAAAACCUCAACUGUUUUACCUCGAAAAACAGACAAGCUUAAAACUGAUAAACCUUGGCAUCUGCUUGAUGUCCUCAUGUUAGGAGGCUUUGCUUAUUCUUAAUCUAGUAAAUUUAUAAUUGUAACAACUUUGAAUGUAUCCUGGUUUAGUCCAAGGGCUGGUUAUGGAUUGUAUAAAUUUCCUUUAUAUGUUGGGAACACCGUACUCUUGACAUCAUGUUAAAUGUUACACUCUUGACAUCAUGUUAAAUGUUUCACUCUUGACAUCAUGUUUAAUGUUACACUGUUGACAAUAAAUCCAUGUCUUUUAAUCAAGGUUUAUGAUUGUGAGUCGAGUUAAAAACACAAAAUAAACUUGAAAUAUGUUAUGUAAAUAUGUAUUUAUUUUAUUGUUUUUGAGGAUAAGACAUUCCGUUUUUAUCAAUUUACAUAUACUAUACAUGAACACAGAUUUUUGUGCAAUAGUUACUAAGUUUUGAUUCAAAGGUUCUUUUAUCAAAAUAACUUAUAAUUUAUUGAGUUCUGGGUUAAUUAGUUAAUGUAUGGGAAAAGGAGACUUUGUGGUGAAAUUGUUGUGUUUAAUAAAAAUGUAUGCAUGUUUAAAGGGCAUUAAUGAUUAUUGCCUUUAUCUCUCAUAACCACUAUUUUUCUUACCAAAACUGGUAAUGAUGCACUGGCAGGAAUCAAGGUACUCACUUCUUUAACUUCCUUUAUAUCAAAUGGUACAUGUAGUAACUAUAUGAGUGAAGGCCAUAUGUGGUCAACAAUAUUGCAAUAGAAGUGCAGAAUCAAGGCCACUGGAAAGGAUUGUGCUGGGUAACCUAUCAAUGCAUAUCAAUAUUUUAUGUAAAAACAUUAAGUAAGACAACGUGCAAAAUGAAGCUAUUGCUUAUCAUAACCAUAGCAACAUGUUGAAAUGGCCGGUUAGUUUUCACUAUUACACAUUUACUAAUAUAGGCGUAAAUUAGUAUGGUUACCUCCAGGUGAAAUGGGUUUUUGUAGUUCUUAAGGAAAUGUUAUGUGAACCUUUAUAUAUUUUUGAACCUUGAUCUUACAAAUAUUUAUAUGUUUUCAUAAAAUGAAAUUAUUUACAUCAUACUUCUUUACUCUCAACAUUAUGUUGCUUUUGCCAUUAUGGUUUAUUUCAUGUUACUCUAAAUCUGUCCAUCAUUUUACAUCACGUUCACUGUUUAUAUUCUUUAUAUUUGUAAUAAAGAAAAGGAGAUUCA